AUGAGCACACAUAAGUGUUUUGAUGAUAGCAGUUACUGCGUACAAAUACCAUUUACACCAGAUGCUCCACCACUUGGGAAUUCACAUCAGAUGGCACUCAGGCAAUUUCACCAGUUGGAACGAAAAUUGGCAUCCAACUCAGAGCUGAGGCAAAGAUAUGUGGCUUUUAUGCGCGAAUACGAACAACUUGGUCACAUGCACCCUAUUCAGCAUCAUUCAGGCGACCCAUCUCAGGCAUACUACAUUCCACAUUUUGCAGUCAUGGCAAAAUUCCAAGUCGUUUUCAAUGCUUCCGCAAAAACAUCGAAUGGCAUAUCAUUAAAUGAUACACAACUUGCUGGCCCCCCAAUACAGGAUUUAUUACUUAACCUUUUGCUUCGCUUCAGGCAGCAUCGAAUAGCAUUCACAGCUGAUGUGGAGAAAAUGUUCAGGCAAGUCAAGGUUGACGAGAGGCACAGGCAGUGGCAACAGAUCCUCUGGCGGGAAUUAUCCGAUCAGCCCAUUCGCACAUAUCAAUUGGCUACCGUUACAUAUGGCACAACCAGUGGCACAUAUUUGGCUGUUCGCGCUAUGCAGCAAUGUGGCAGAGACAAUUUUUAUAAACUCUCAGAUGAAUUACGAGCUAAAACUGCUUUGAACAGCAUCCUAAAUGAUUUCUACAUAGAUGACUAUCUUAAGAGUACACCUUCUAUUGGAAUGGCGAUUAAACUGGCGGCCGAUGUCUCAUCUGUUUUGGCAGACGGUCAGUUCCAUCUCAGGAAAUGGAAAUCGAAUAGCGCUGAAGUCUUGGCACAUCUUCUUGGCGAUGCUGAUCCCUGUCAGCUUAAUACGCACUUGGCAGAAACUACUGUUCUUGGCUUGCACUUGGGAUCCACUCACUGA